AUGGUGUCUGUCUUUGAACAGUUACCAGAUGAAAUUCUUCUUACUUGUUAUCGUUAUCUACGUCCGUAUGACGUUUUGUACUCAUUUCAUAGUCUCAAUAGUCGUUUGAAUCAAACAAUAAGUGUAUACCAAUGUAAUAUUGAUCUAUUAACAUGUAACUAUUUCGAAUUUAUUAAUUAUAUUGAUGUUUUAUUUCCUAUUAUUGGUAUUCAUGUUCAUUCAUUAUGUCUUAGUCAACAAUAUACUCAUUGUCAAAUAAAAUUAUUCGAUGGAAAAAUAAUUAAAAAAUAUAAUGAUUUACAUCAAUUAUUUCCAAAUUUAAAAUCUUUAAAAUUAGUUCAUUGUGAUUCCGAUGUAACAUUAUUCAUGUUAAAGAAAAUAGAAUAUUUAUCAAUAAUUUAUAUUGAAUAUAAAAGUAAUCUUAUUGAUCAACAAUAUUUGUUUGAAAAUUUAUUAUCAAAUAGAAAUAAAUUAUUAUCAAAAAUUACUAUUUUAAUACCAAAUGGAUUCGAGUUAGUCUCAAAUUAUAAUCAAUGUUUAAAUGUUAAAGAUUUAACAAUCAAAAUAAAAAAUUUAAAAGAUUUAUUCUUAAUUUUUGAAAUUUUUCGUAAUCUUAAAAGUUUACACGUUAUCAUCGUGUGUCGUGGGAGAUGGGGAUGUUGGCAGUGUGGGAGUGAUCAGUCAGCACCAUUGCAAUCGAAAGAGUUAUCUUCAUUGAAUAAAUUAUCACAUUUAACUGAUUUUCAGCUACAAAUGAGUGAUCCUCUAUUUACAUUUACAGAAUUUCGUACAUUAUUUGAAUGCAUAUCGGCUAAACUCGAAAAAUUAUCAUUGUAUUUAAAUACAGAAAAUGCUGCGUAUAUUGAUGGAAAUCAAUGGAAAGACCUUUUCUCAUCUGUCAUAACGAUAUUAACAACAUUUAAAUUUUAUAUUCGUUCAAUAUUAGGUUUUUACUCGGUUAAUGUGGAUAAAGUAAUGAAAUCAUUUGAAUGGAUUCAUCCGAAAGAUAAACAUUGUUAUAUUGCUCGAGAUCAUUUAGGCGUAAAUUAUUUGUAUUUUUACACCAUACCGUUUGGUUUCAAAACGUUCGAAUUGAUCGAUAGUCAAUCGACACUAACAAAUUUUGAGAAUGGCUAUUCAAAUGUUGAACAAUUGAUACUUAAUAGUCAAGUGAAUGAUGAAUUUUCAUAUCUGAAACAGUUUAGAAAUAUUGAGAAACUAACGUAUAUAGGAGAAGAACAUGCGACAUCUACAUGCCCAAAGGAUAUGAACUUCGAUUCUUGGAUUGUUCCUAUCAAAUUGAUCAAGUUAUCUCAUUUAUCCAUUGACUCAAUUGGAUUGUCUACCUUUUGUCGAUUAAUUAAGAUUGCUCCCUAUUUGUUAUCACUCAAUAUCCAUAAUUACGAACAAUUUCAACGUAAAAUUUUACUAUACAAACCAGAAAUGACAUUGCGACGAAUCGAACAUUUAACUGUUCAGUUUGAGUCGUGUAAAAGUGAACAAAAUGAUAUUAUCCGAUUGGCAUCUAUCUUUCCGAACGUGAAGUAUCUCCAAUUAAAAAUGAUUAAAUGUCCACGAACGUUUAGUAUAGAAAUUGUUCGUCAGUCGUUAUUUUCAUUCAAAAAUUUACGAUUUAUUCAAUUACAAAUAGACGGAAAUAGUCUAAAAAUGAUAGUUCGUGAUCCAUCGAAAUGGUUGAGCGAAAAUACAAUAUUGAAAUAUUUAAAUAAACAAUUUUAUGCUAGUUGUAAUCAAUGGAAUUUACAAAUCUGGAUUUAG